UGAGGCUGCCCCAGCAUCACAGCGUGAGGAGGUGCAGGAGCACCAGCUGCUGCAGGCAGGUCAGUGGCCGGGCUGGGCCGCAGGGCGAGUGGCUGCAGCCGGCUGGGACCAUCCCCGUGGGCAUCCCCAAGGAAAGAGGGGACGAGGGGACAGGGCUGUUCCCCACGCUGGGCUCUGGCCAUGCUCCAUCCACGGGCACUCCCAGCCCCAUCCUGCGGCCAGGGAGACGGGGGUCAGUGUCCCCACCAGCCCCUGUCACGGGGCUCGGCUGUGUUCUCCAGCCUCUCCCGCAGCCCCUCAGCUCUGCCCACGCUUGGUCUUUGCCAGAUCCCAGCUGGGAGCUGCCAGAAGAGGAGCAGAAGCAGGAAGACACCCAUGUCCUGCACAACCCCAGAGCAAAGCUGUUUUGGGAAACUGUCCACCCCAAAGACUGUGAAGGCUCCACUGUCGAGCUCGCUGAGGCCAUGACAGAAGGACAAUCCUACGACGCGGAGGCUGGUGCUGCUCUGCUGGAUAUGCUUGUGGAAAGCGAGGUCUCCACUUUGAAGCAGGUGCCCAGGAUUGUGCGGUGCAUCCACCAGUGGUUCAUGACCAACACGGACGAGUCAGUUGAGCACAGCCUGGACAACACCCUUGUGGAGCUCACCGACGCGCACCCCCAUGAUGUGGUGGUGGCCCUGCUGCGCUGUGCCCCAUCGUGCGACCGAGCCGCUGCAGCCAUGUGGAGGAUGAUGGUCACCACCAGCAUGACCACAAAGAAGGUGUUCCGGGAGCUGCUCUGCGUGCUGGAGGACUGGCCGCUGCACAGCACGUCCACCUGUGACGGGGACCAACAGGACGUCCUUGCCCUGGCUGCAACCAGGGCUCUGUGGGAGAUACUUCAAAUGCCCAGGUUCCCAAGAGGGCUGAAGGUGUAUUUCCCUCGCCUCCUCCUGGCUCUGCUCUUCCAAGUUGUGUACAGCACAGAGCAGAUGCCAGACGAGGUGGAUACUUUCUGGAGGGAAUGCCAGGAGGAAGGCGGCCUUCCCACCAGCCCCAGCAGGUUUAUAGUGCUGACUGUGAAAGCACUGCUCUGCCGUCUGGGCUACAGGCUUGUAGCCUUUGAAGUGGAACGUAAGCGUGGCUGGGACACGCUCCUCCACGCUGAGACCCACCACUGCGCAAUGGGGCUGCUGGCCAGAGAGAUCCGUGUUGUCUCAAGACACCUCAAUGCCUCUGUGGCGUCCUACCUGGUCGAGCUGCUCAGCAGGAAUGAGCCCCGCUGUGAGCUCCCUGCCAUGGCGUUCCUUGUGGAGCUCUCGCUCUUGCGUCCGCGGCUCCUCGUAGGACGAGCAAUCAGAGGCUGCUGA